AAACGUAUCUCUAUUUGGCUGCUAGGAUAGUAUUUCGCUAACAAGAGAAACUAUACAUUACAUUUCUCUCUCUAAACAUAAAUCUCCCUGAAACCACCGUCAUCAUCGUUCGACUGUGUUACCUUUGGAGUCGGUAUGCUACGAUACGCAAUCCCCUUUGUAAAAAUCGUUUUCCGGCUUCACUAACUUCUCCCAGAGCUUUUGUCGACCUUUUGACCAUUGAUCUUUACCAGCAAGGUUUUUGGUUGAACUUGGUAAAUACACGAUUUAGGCAGAUCUUGAUUCAAACCCAUGGAUCAACCCCAUGGAUCAACCAUCACGACUCCAUCGCACCACCAAACUGCGGUUCCCUUCUUCCAUUCAUUCAAGAUGAAUCGAUUGUGGUUAUUUCAACAACGACAUGAACUUAUCUGAUAUGGAAGUCGUAACGUCACAAACCUCUAUCAACCACCACCCUCUGUUCCUGAUAAAGUUGGAGGAAGUAAAAGAAAUGUCUGAACUAUUCGUUGUUAUUGUUGCUACUAUUGUUAGGGCUCAACCAGAAGAUUUUAAGACUAUUUGGCAGGAAUGGGUGAAAGAUUUUCUUAUGAUGCUUACCAUUUGGAUCUAUAUCCUGUCUCUUAACUUUAUCUUCAUAGAGAUGUCAAAGGGUGGGCCAUGA